AUGACAUCCAACCAAGCUGACUCUGAUAAAGUAGAGAGUAACGCUAAAGCCUCCAUUCACGGAAUUGCAUCGAGCGGUUUGGAACUAAUCCGAAUUAGUAAACCGCCUGUCGAAAAGAUUCGUAAGUAUGGGGCUGAAAAAUUUUCAGCUACUACUGAAGAUGAUCUCGAGAGACAUGGAUUUUGGUUAGAGAAUACAAUCAGAGUUUUUGAUGAGUUAUCCUGUUCAUCGGCUGAGUGCGUUAAAUGCGCAGUAUCAUUAUUGAAAGAUUCAGCUUACCAAUGGUGGAACACGUUGAUUUCUAUUGUGUCGAGAGAUCAGAUCACCUGGGAAUUUUUCCAAACUGAGUUUCGAAAGAAAUAUAUUAUUCAAAGGUUUCUAGAUCAGAAACGUAAAGAAUUUCUGGAGCUCAAACAGGGCCGUAUGUCUGUAUCAGAGUACAAGCGAGAAUUUGUUAGAUUGAGCAAAUAUUCCCUGGAGUGUAUUCUGACCGAGACAACUAUGUGUAAGAGGUUUGAGGAAGGGCUGAACAAAUACAUAAAGCUUCUAGUUGGAAUUCUUAAGCUGAAAGAAUUCCUUGUAUUAGUUGAUCGAGCACACAAAGCCGAUGAGCUGAGUAAAGAGAAAAGACAUGCUAAUUAUGAAGCUAGAGACUCGAGAAAGAGACCGACUGGAAAGUCCUAUCAGUCAGUAUCACAGAAAGAAAAGAAUAUAACAACUGUUCUACAGCUUCUGAGGGAUAUUCUAGUAGAGACAGAGCUACCUGAUGGUUUAGUCCAAAACCUCAAGCUACAUCUGUUGCAAGUGUUUGGUUCCUUAGACCUCUAUCUUAGAGAUUGUCCAGAGAAAUCCAAGAAAGAGAAAGUUCAGACCCUGAGGCCGAGCAAUACUGUUGCGAGAGGCAGACCACCUCGUAAUCUCAGAAAUGUGAGUGGUAGCCGUGGUGUUACAAAAGAUUCUACUGUGAGAUCCGAGGCACGAGUACCAGCUAGGGAUUAUGCUAUUCGCACACGAGAAGAUCCUUAUGUGCCAGAUGUUAUUAUCAGUACUUUCUCUAUUUUUGAUACUGAUAUUACUGCUUUGAUUGACCCGGGAUCCACACAUUCAUACGUGUACACGAAUUUAGUGACUAGUAAGAAUUUACCUAUUGAGUCCAUUGAAUUCGUGGUUCAAAACGGUGAGACAGUUUGUAUUAAAUCAGAUAGUCCGAGUGUGUUGCCUUUGGUUAUUUCAGCUAUGUCAUCACAGAUAUAUGUGAGAAAAGGCUGUAAUGCUUACCUUGUUUAUGUACUGGAUUCUAAAGUGUCUGAGUAUCCUGAUGUAUUUGUCGAAUUUGUUUCUACGCCUUCAUCGUCGAGGUUACGCCACGAAGGCGUCUUUUCCAAAGAUAGCUAUGGAGGUUUUCCUGUCGAAGUCUCACCAGAAAGGCGUCCUUUGACAGAGAUUGCCACCAUGGCUUCCAUUCAGAGAUAG